CAGUGGCACUCAGUAGCAGAGUGCUAUACACACUCACAUGCGCACGCACAUGCACACACACGCUGUUUCCUCUGUGUCUCUUUCCAAACGUGUCAGUCAACCAGUCAGUCGAUUAUUUGUGUUUGUGUGUGUGUUCAGUGGGGACGUUGACAAGAGCUCGCAACCAUCCUUCUUCUCUAUGACCGACGGACAAAAGAAACAGAGACAAGGAAAAGGGGACAUACAGUUUCUCACAAAAGAAACUCACCAACCAGUGGACUUUCUGACAUCACCACUGCCGCUGUCUAUGAGCUGCACUGAGUCAGAGGACUGGACUUUUCAACAAUCCUGACACACGUAAAAACCCUGUUGAAGCUCCCGCCAGCAGCAGCAGCGACAAACAUCAUGUCCUCUCCUUCCCUCCCCAUGCCUUCUCUCCCCCCAAGCCCUUUGGCCAUGGAAUACCUAAACGACUUUGACCUUCUCAAGUUUGAGGUCAAAUCUGACACUCCUCCGCUCCCUCCUCCAUGUGCGUACCCUAAAUCUGGUACCCAUGACCCCUCCAGCUCUCCGUACACCAGCCACCCACCACAGGACUCCAGCUUGAGCUCCAGCCCUUACAACUCACUGCCACCUUCGCCCACAUUCAGCGAUGCCCACCCACCCCCUUCGGGCUCUUCUUCUCUCUCUUCAUCGUCCUCCUCCAUCUCCUUUCCCCUCUCCAUACCCAACAGUCUCACUUCCAACAUCAGCUCCGGCUCUCAGGGGAACGUGGAAGGCAGUCCAGCCCAUGGCGGCCCUCAAGGUCCGACCCCAGCCUCUCUGGAGGACCUGAUCUGGCUGGCCGCACUGCAGCAACAGUUUGGAGGUGAGGUGACGGGGCCCGCCACUUUGCUGGGAGCCUUGGGAGGGGUGCCAGAGAGAGGGGACCGAGAGAGAGGGCAGGUGAAUGGCUUCCUGGGGUGUGAGGAUGCUGUGGAGGCUCUACUGAACUCAGCUGCAGCAGCUGUUAGCUCACAGUUCCCAGGUCUUUCUCAGAGUUCAAGCAGCAACCUGGGAGACUCAAGCAGCGACAGCGGAGGUGACAUCUCCUGCGCCAAAGCAGCAGACAUCUGCCAUCGCCCACUCGUCUUCCUCUCAUCAGGCCCUCCCUCCCUCCCCAACACUAACCCUGCUUCUGCUCCAUACCCCCAACCCCUCAGCCCCCAGGGCCGCCUUCAUCACCACCAGCAUCACCACCAGCAUCACCAUCAUCAGCAUCACCCGCACCACCCCAUGCAUGGCAACCAUCACCAUCAUCACCACCCACAAACCAAUCAGUGCGGGGCGAACGAGCGCUUCUCUGAUGAGCAGCUGGUGAGCUUGUCAGUGCGCGAGUUGAACCGACACCUGCGUGGAGUGAGCAAGGACGAGGUGGUGCGCUUGAAGCAGAAACGCCGCACGCUAAAGAACCGAGGCUAUGCCCAGUCCUGCCGCUACAAGCGUUUACAGCACAGGCACGCUCUGGAGUCUGAGAAACAUUUGCUUACCCAGCAGUUGGAACAGCUACAGUGCGAGCUGACUCGAGUGCUGAGGGAGAGAGACGCCUACAAGGCUCGCUAUGAGAAGUUGCUCAGCACAAACCAUGGUACCGGUGGUGACGCCCAGCCGACCCACACCAGCAACCCACCUUCCCCACCCCCUGACUACUUCCUCUGAGUUUAAUCCACAGGGGUGCACAAAGAAAAUAGACAAGCCAGCGUGGAGCAAUCAAUAAUGAGUAAUCAGACUUGGAGCGAAGAAACAAGAACGUGUAUGUGUGUGUGUGUGUGUG